CUUCCCUCUUCUUAUAACCUUCAUCUUCCCAUGUCAACACUCACUGGCUUUCACAGACCAGCAAGUCUGUUGCUUGGAAACGUAUAGAAACUCCUCCAUCUUUCACUCAUUCAGUCAUUCCCAUGGGGAACACCACAUCAUGCACACCUUUUGCUGUUCCAACAGGAUCCAUCAAGGUCAUUGAUGACAAUGGUGGAGUUCAAGAGUACAUGCACACAGUGAGAGCAGCCGAGCUCAUGGUAGAGAACCCGGGUCAAUUUGUCUGCGACUCGAACUACCUCAACGUUGGAUGCCGAAUCCCCGGUCUUGUGGCCGACGAGGAGCUCGAGCCGCACCGCCUCUAUUUCCUUCUUCCCAUGGACAUGCUCUACUCUGUGCUCACCGAGGAGGAGAAGGUCUCACUCUCAUGUAAGGCAUCCAAAGCAACGAAGAAGGGUGGAGGGCCUAAGAACAUUGGAAGAAGAAUCCUUCCUGUUCUCAGUGACUUCUGCUUGUUCCCUACAGAAGACAAGCAGGUGGCAGAGCGAACGAGGAGGGUCAACAAAGUGGGUAGGAGGAUGUCAAGGGAGCGGUCUUGGACGCCGGCAUUGGACACCAUUGAGGAGGUUCCAUGAACGAAGUCAUGUGGAAGUGUUGGUAUCGCACUGAAUGGAGUUUUUUAAUCCUAUUUUCAAAGAAUCUCUACGAGAAAUUUUAUUACCAAUGAGGAUUUUUAUUUGUGUAUGCAAUCUCGAAACAUAACUAACAUUUUCCUGGCUUUCUUUGACCAAGUUUGUAAAGAAGUGCUUCGUUGUUGUAAAAUUAUCUUCCUUAUCAU